UCAGGCACGUAGCCUGCGUGUGAAACAAGUGAAAUUCACGUUUUUUGACGUUAUGCAAGAGAGGACAGCCUGUUACAGAACCAUGCAUGAAAGAGUUAGUGUCUUUCCAGGGAAUAAAUCCAGCCCACUUCAGUCUCGCAGCCUUCCUCCUCCUCUUCCUCAGUGAGGGCUGCACAGCUGGCAAGUUACAGACAAUAACGCCGCAAGGAGUAAUUGGCUGCUAGGUGGACCACUGCCCCGCAAAUUGGACCCGUGUCUUACGGAGGAGAUGAAUUAGCACAAGUACUGGGAUAUUUAUUAUUCUUUUGUCUUUGGUGGUUCAGUUUAUGAACCUCUGGAUCACAACAAUUUAAGACCCGGCACCCCCCUCUCCACUGGAACCGCUAUAACCUCCUCAUACUGGAAACAAAAGCUGAAAUAAUGUCAAGAUGCAGGCAACAGUUAGCAUUCAGCCUUCUGUUUGGGUUGUGGUUACCUUGCUGUUUGGCCCAGACCACACCGUCAAACGCAGCCACACCAUCCCCGUCCCCCCAGCCCCAGACCGAACGGCUAAAGGUUAGACUGGCUGGAUACCCCCGAAAACACAACGAGGGUCGGAUAGAGCUUUUCCACAAGGGAGAGUGGGGAACCAUCUGUGAUGACGACUUCUCAAUAACUAACGCCAACGUGCUCUGUCGCCAACUGGGCUUCGUCUCAGCCACAGGAUGGACCCACAGCGCCAAAUACGGCAAGGGCCAAGGGAAAAUCUGGCUGGACAACGUGCUGUGUAACGGAGGUGAGAAGAGCAUUGAAUUCUGCAAGUCUCGCGGCUGGGGCAACAGUGACUGCACUCAUGAUGAAGAUGCCGGAGUUGUGUGCAAAGACGAGAGGAUUCCUGGCUUUGUGGACUCCAAUGUUAUUGACGCUCACAUCGAUGAGAACAAGAUAGAGGAGGUGCGACUCCGGCCCGUGGUCGCCAUGGCCAAAAAGAAGCUGCCCAUCGCGGAGGGUGUGGUGGAGGUGAAAUACAAAGACGGUUGGGCGCAGAUCUGCGACCUGGGAUGGACGAUCAAAAACACCCGCGUGGUCUGCGGCAUGCUGGGGUUCCCGCAUGAGAGGAAAGUCAACAAGAACUUCUACAAACGUCUGAAAAAGCGAGCAGCUGAGAAGGUCUCCAGGCCAAAGGUUAAUGUUUCACCCGGUGGAAGGCAGACAUCCAAAGCUAAAGCUAACUCUAAGUCUAAACAGAGCAGCCCUGGCAAAAGGUUGUAUUUAGAGCGUCAGAAGACCUACUUCUACAUUCACUCUGUGGAGUGUACGGGCACAGAGGUCCACCUGGCAGCCUGCCCCCUGGAGUUCAACAAGCCAAACGCGACUUCAUCCUGCGAGGGCGGCAUGGCGGCUGUGGUCAGCUGCAUGCCAGGGCCGUUGUUCAUGCAAAACAGUGGUUUGAAAAAGAAACUUAAAACUUCGAGCAUAGUGAGGCUGAAGGGAGGUGCCAGGCUGGGCGAGGGUCGGGUGGAGGUGCUGAAAGACAACGAGUGGGGAACGGUGUGUGAUGAUCGCUGGAGCCUGCAGUCAGCCAGCGUCGUCUGCAGGGAGCUCGGCUUCGGCAGCGCCAAGGAGGCUCUCACCGGAGCCCGCAUGGGACAAGGAAUGGGUCCGAUCUACAUGAACGAGGUGAAGUGCCUUGGUCAGGAGAAGUCCAUCUGGAACUGCCCCUUUAAAAACAUCACAUCAGAGAACUGUCAACACAUGGAGGACGCUGCCGUCCGCUGCAACGUUCCCUACAUGGGAUUCGAGAACUCGAUCCGGAUAGUGGGCGGCCGGACCAAUUAUGAGGGCCGGGUGGAGGUUCAGGUUGGGUCCAAGUGGGGCACAGUGUGCAGCACAGGCUGGACCACAAAGGAAGCCAUGGUGGUUUGCAGGCAGCUAGGGCUCGGCUACUCCAUGCAUGCCAUCACUGAAACCUGGUACUGGGACAGCAGCAAUGUGACGGAGAUGGUGAUGAGCGGUGUGAAGUGCACGGGGAACGAGAUGUCUCUGAGCCACUGCCAGCAUCACAAAACUGUCAGCUGCCAGAAGUCGGCAACAAAGUUUGCAGCGGGAGUCAUCUGUUCUGACACGGCCUCUGACCUCGUCCUGAAUGCCCCCCUGGUCCAGCAGACAGUCUACAUCGAGGAUCGCCCUCUGCACAUGCUCUACUGUGCUGCUGAGGAGGACUGCCUGUCAAAAUCUGCAGCCAAAGCCAACUGGCCCUAUGGACACCGACGCCUGCUCCGCUUCUCCUCCCAGAUCCACAACAUCGGUCGGGCUGACUUCAAACCAAAGGCCGGGCGGCACUCGUGGGUCUGGCAUGCCUGUCAUGGCCACUACCACAGCAUGGAUAUUUUCACCCACUAUGAUCUGCUGAACGCCAACGGUACCAAAGUGGCAGAGGGACACAAAGCCAGUUUCUGUCUGGAGGACACAGAUUGUCAAGAGGGUGUUUCUAAGCGGUACGAAUGUGCCAACUUUGGCGAUCAGGGCAUCACUGUGGGCUGCUGGGAUUUGUACCGGCACGACAUCGACUGCCAGUGGAUCGACAUCACAGACGUCAAACCUGGAAACUACAUUUUGCAGAUUGUGAUUAAUCCAAAUCACGAAGUGGCUGAGAGUGAUUUCACCAACAACGCCAUGAAGUGCAACUGCAAAUAUGACGGACAUCGAAUCUGGCUCCAUAACUGCCACACUGGUGAUGCGUUCAGUGAAGAGGCAGAGAGGAGGUUUGAGAAAUACCCCGGCCAGCUGAAUAACCAGGUUUCUUAAUCAACAAUAAAUUCACAACAAUAUAAGAGGUGGUUGAAUGAAUAAAAACACACCUGACUAGCUCAAAAAGCAAAACACAAACCGUUUGUUUUUAGCUACCAAAAAGGAUUCCCCCACAUAUGUCAGAUUAUUUGAGUCAUGGAAGAAGCCAACGGUAUUUUCCUCCAGUGAAUGUGUUGUAUGUCUGAGUUAUUAUACUUGAAUAUUCAAGUGUUAAUGGGGUUUUUUUCUCAGUCUAAUGUGAGCUAAUGCUAUAUUUUUUAUCACAAAAUAGGAUUUUAUACAGUCUGUGUAUGACAAAUGUACAGCCUUCUAUUGAAUGUUUUUGUUCCGAGUUAUGAAUGAAGCGUCAUUUUUAUUAUUUUUCUAUAACCCGUUUUUUGUUUUACUUGGAGCAAACAGGUUGAGAACUACCUGAGGUGUUAGCGUUAGCUAUAACACAUUUAAAAAGUAAAAACUGAGGCAUGAACAGGAACAAAUGCAGCUCUAUGAAAGUCUUACUGGUCUUGAGUGCAACUUCAAACUGGGCAUUAUGGACAGAAGAGAGCAAAACAUGUAAUAUUACCUGGAUAAUUCACUCUGGACUGGAGUGUUAUCUUGCAGGCUAAAUGUAAAUGAGCAUGUUGCUCAAGAGAAAGGCUCCAAGAAGGUUUUCACAUCAACUACUGUUCAGUUUUCUGUCAUCUUGUUCACAGAAAUUGUUUUAAGUCAUAACAUGCCUCCACAGUUACAAUAUUUUGUGAAUGUAUUUAUUGCUAAUAUCAAGGUGCUCAAGAACAACACUUAUUCAUUAGCAUUAUUGUCAGUUUGAAGUGCUUUGGAACCAGUUAGAAGCCAUCUGUUGCUUUAGUUUGUAUGUAUUAUUAAUAGUCAUUUAGGGUCAGAACAUAGAUGUUAUUGGGCAAAGACAAAAAACUGCAAUUACCCUCAAGAAUUGCUGUAUGUAUGCUGAUGUAAUCACACCCGCUGCACUAAAUAAAAAGGAAAGGAACAAUAAUUGUGCUGUAUCUAAGAAACUUAUUUAAUUAGAAAGGGCAGUGGUUCUCAACCUUUUUGGCUCAUGACACCUUAAAACAAAGUCUACUUGAGUUGCAUAUGUCCACCAAUUGUGGCCAGUUUAAACCACGGCUCAUUUUCUGUCCUUGUUUUGUUUGAAUACAUUUUUAAAAGGCCUGAAGCUUCUAAAAUCAUCCAGUACUUAAAAAAAAGAUUAAAGGAAAGUGAAAAAUCUACAUAA